CAAGUCGGCUCGAUUCUACCGGGGCCGCUCGCAAUGAAAGGGUGGUGGAUCAUUACAACGCAAAGGUUCCGCUACAGCAGGGCGAAGCUGUAGAGGGGAUGCAGCAUCAGUACUCGGGAGCUGUCUUCCAGCACCAGACACCCAGUCGAGAAAGAAACGCUCACAGCGGUGCAGCUCAUUCACAAAAAGCAUCUCCGAGUGGAGCCGCCGCAGUCUGCAGCCUGCCGCCGCCUCCCCCUCCACUCAGACAGCGAUCCUCAACCUUAUAUCAUCAGGAGCUGCCCAGCCCAAGCGUUUUCACCCAGAAAGACAGCGCACUUCAACUGCAACGCGGCGGCUCAUCAUCAGUCACCAGCCACGGAUGCAGACAGCGAGCUCCAAACCAGGGCGUCUGUUUUGAUCACCAGAGCGCCUCUUUGCUGCAGAAUACCGGGGUCGCCGGCUUUCAUCUGCAGUCGGAGCAGCCUGUCUUUCAGCACUGCCACUGCAGUUUUUCCAAGGAAGUGAAUCCUCAUCAGCACCAAUCCCACAUUUACCCGCAGCCCUCCCCUUCGCUGCCGUCGUCGCUGUUGUUUUUGCAGAACAGCAACAAGGGGGACAAUUUGAAAAAGACUGUUAAUUACCAGCAGGAAUACAUCGACUGCCACUGCAGACGAGUAGGAGGGCUGUCAGAGAAUAACCAGUUGUUGCAGCAACAGCGGCAGCCGUAUAACGAUUUCAAGCUAGAAGAGCAGAAUCCACAGAGUCCAUCCUGCAGCUCGGUGACACAGAGCACGCACCAGGCGCUGGACGUAAAUGUAUGUGAGCCUAGCGAUGUAAAUCAGCGAUUGUUUCUGUUUCAGCCUCAGGACCUGCAGCAGCAACAGCCACCACAAUUGCAGGUGCAGUAUCAGCGGCUGGUCGGGAGCAGCUUCCUCAACAACUGCUGCGCCAACGGAUCCGGUGAGGCGAGUAGGAGACAGCAGCCGCUAUUGCUGCAGCAACAGCAAGAAGGCGCGCACUGGCAACACCUCUGUGACCAAGACUACAGGAAGCCCGGCGAGUUAAGUCAGUCCCAAAGGCUGCGGAGUAGCCAGCCCUCCGUGAACCCCCCACCCAAUCACUCGCCAGUGAGGAACAUAUCGGUGGCCGGCAGCAACAAAAGUAGCCUUUUCUCGUCCAGCAGCCGUCUGUGGCCGGAGAACCAGCAUCAGGAAGGGAAGCAGAUCCGAACGGUGGAACAGCAGGUAAAUGCGGAGCCCAAGAAGUUAAGCCAUGCUGGGUCCAAGGCCUCCCUCUCUCAGAGCAGUUACCCGUUCUCUGAGAUAGCCAUGAACAGCUGCAAGUACAAUGGGGGCGUCGUGAGACCCCUGGGCAGCCUGGGGGCGUCACGGCGAAACCUUGCAGAGCUUGACUCAGAGACACAGCCCCUCCAGACCCUUCACAGCUCCGGCCUGGAGGUGGUGGUCUCCAAGGGUAACGGCGAUGACCCAAGCAAGGUGUCCAACGAGAGCCUGGCUAGAGAGGGGGGCAGUGCUCCACAGAAAAAGAACAAGGACAUCGGCUACAAGCUAGGCCAUCGGAGGGCGCUCUUCGAGAAACGCAAGCGACUGAGCGAUUACGCCUUGAUCUUUGGGAUGUUUGGGAUUGUUGUCAUGGUGACUGAAACAGAGCUCUCCUGGGGAGUUUACACUAAGGAAUCUUCAUACUCAUUUGCACUGAAAUGCCUUAUCAGCCUUUCCACUGUUAUAUUGCUUGGUCUCAUUAUAAUGUACCAUGCCCGGGAAAUCCAGCUCUUCAUGGUGGACAACGGGGCCGAUGACUGGAGGAUAGCCAUGACAUAUGAGAGGAUCUUCUUCAUUGUACUGGAGCUGCUGGUGUGCGCUAUCCAUCCCAUUCCAGGCCAGUACGUCUUCACCUGGACCGCCCGGCUGGCGUUCACGUACACGCCCUCAGUGGCCAAUGCCGACGUGGACAUUAUUCUCUCCAUCCCCAUGUUCCUGCGCCUCUACCUAAUCGGCCGCGUCAUGCUACUGCACAGUAAGCUCUUCACGGACGCCUCGUCCCGCAGCAUCGGGGCCCUAAAUAAGAUCAACUUCAACACCCGCUUCGUCAUGAAGACGCUCAUGACCAUCUGCCCAGGCACUGUGCUGCUAGUCUUCAGCAUCUCCUCCUGGAUCAUUGCUGCUUGGACAGUGCGCGUCUGUGAGAGGGAUAACAUGUAUCAUGACAAACAGGAAGUGACCAGUAACUUCCUAGGAGCCAUGUGGCUAAUUUCUAUAACCUUCCUGUCAAUUGGAUACGGAGACAUGGUGCCUCACACAUACUGCGGGAAGGGUGUGUGUCUGCUGACUGGAAUCAUGGGGGCGGGCUGUACUGCCUUGGUGGUCGCUGUGGUGGCCCGAAAGCUGGAGCUGACCAAGGCCGAGAAACACGUCCAUAACUUCAUGAUGGACACACAGCUCUGUAAACGCGUCAAAAACACGGCUGCUAAUGUACUCAGGGAAACAUGGCUAAUCUACAAACACACCAAGCUGGUGAAGAAGAUUGACCAUGCCAAGGUGCGCAAACACCAGCGCAAGUUUCUGCAGGCAAUUCACCAAGCUCAGAAACUGCGCAGCGUGAAGAUGGAGCAGAGGAAGCUGAACGACCAGGCUAACACGCUGGUGGACCUGGCAAAGACUCAGAAUGUGAUGUACGACCUGGUGUCGGAGCUGCAGGAGCGCAGUGAGGAGCUGGACAAGCGCAUCGGCAUGCUGGAGGACAAGCUGGACUCCAUCACUGGCAGCCUGCAGGCUCUGCCCGGCCUGCUCUCUCAAGCCAUAACGCAGCAGCAGCGGGAUUUCCUGGACGGCUUUGCGCACCGGUUUCGACCCGCCUCGUUGGGCUCGGAGCGCUCAUGGACGCCCACACGCCGGCGCCGCUCGCCGUCCACGGCGCCUCACACGUCCUCCGACAGCGGCUAGCCUCUCCGCGCCUCUGCCAUCCCAAACUUACGCUACCAAGAUUCCAGUGCAGACUAACGAGAGUAAUGAAAAAAAAAUUAUGGAAGCAGACAAAAUAAUAAAUUAAAAAUGGUAGAGAUAUGGUUUAUGUUUGGCCAUUGUAUGGCUGUUCAGGUUUAGCUUUUUUAUAAAGCCCUUGUAUAGUUACUGACUGAGUUCAGGGUGCUGGGGUGAAGCUGACUAUCACCGGAGAGUCCUUAAACACGACAGAAUGAAACUGCCCAGGGAGGCGUCUUCUCAGCAAUCGCAGUGUUUCACGUGGGUCUUCUGGCACGGAAGUGGACUGAGGAGAAUUAUGGCCCCCAAGCCAGGAAUGGAGACAAGGCGGACUUUGGUUUUUAUUUGACAGGCGUCAGAGGCGUCCUACUGGGAAUUCCUGGGAGAGCCUUGGGAAGCUCUGAUGAAGGCAGUAAGUGGAGAUUGCCGAAGAAGUCUGGGACACAUAAAAAUGAUUUAACCAUUUUGACCAAACCACAGCCCUUAACUGGUUAAGUGGAACAGAGAAUGGAAGGAUGGAUGGAUGGCGACCAGUCCUUAACCUACCUUUUCAUUUAUGAGGAAAUACUGGAGCUAACUGGUGUCUCUACAUGUCACUGAUAAUUACAGUGUUCCUACAUAAAUUUGACGGUAGAUGGGACUGCUGAAUGUCACUCAAAUAGUAGGAAUUCAUCAAUACCAUAACUUUUCUGGACAGUGGAAAGAGGUGUGAGGCAAAUUGCCGGCCCUGAUAAAAAAAAAAAAAAGAAACAUACCUUAAAAAACAGGCCGACUGAUGCGUAACAUGCAGACGCAGGCGAGAGAUGAGGGAGGGAGUCAGGCACACACUGCCAGAGCCUCAGCACCGAAAGGCUUCAAAGCAGCUCGUUGGUGCUGCAGCUGCUCAAGAGAACAAUCCUGCAUUCCUUUCCUCAAAAACAUUCCUUACACGAUAUUUUGAAACAAAGAAUAACAUUGAUACCAAAACAAUUAGUUUCUGAGUCAUUGUUUCCAAAUGCAACAUGCAAUAAACUGCUGUCAUUUGCACAGUUAAAUGUAUAUUUUAAGAGAUCGAAUUGCUUUAAUGAAACCACACAAAUCCUGCAUUAAACAAAAUAAAUAGCCAGGAACGAAUCUUCUCUCUGGGCUCCCUGACACAUCAGAGCUUCCAAAGGUCUUCAGGCGUUCCAGGGACAGGUCCAUCGCGUCUGCUGGAAGUGCUCCACAGGCAUCCUCCGCUUUAGACGGGGGCCGCGUAGGCAGAACUGAGAACCCCCACCCCCUUGCAUGUUUCAGUGCAAAUGGUGAAGGACCCACCCUCGGGUGGCAUUAUCUUAUGGUUUUUUUCCCCUUCUUUUUUAUAAGACUUUUUUUUUUUUAAUGAUUUGCCUAAAAAAUUUUAUAGGUAGUAGGUCAAAUCUAUAAUGUUAUAACAGAGUGGCAUAAAAGAGAUUAAAACGUGCAUUCCUAGGUCCGUGGCUUACAGUGACAGGGAAAUAUAGAUAAAUACACCGAAACAACAAUGUGAGAGAGAAAAAAAACACAGGAUAAACAUUUACAGUAGAUGUCAUGAAAAGUAAAGUUCCUAAUUUGGUGCCCAUCUUGACAUUUAAGGUUAAAAUGUCGGUGUUGAUGAAUGUGAUUUUUUUUUUUUUUACGGGCCACAGAAAAGAAAACUGCAUUGAUUUUGUGUCCAUGGCCUUGUUGACAGAGCUGUAAGACCCUAAACAGCACGUCGGUGAAUUUUAUGCUUGUUCCCGACCAUCGAAGAUGGUUGUUAUGUUACUGUGAUUCUUUUAAGAAAUUCUCAGACUAUUCUAAAGAUGGGGAAUGAUGAGCGUUCCUGAACGACCUUGGCGGGAUGGAGCGGUGUGGAUAGAGUGAGCCUCCGCAUUCUGUGUUCGCCCCGGUCCACUAAACACAGAAGCCGGUCUUUCAGCUUCAGCCAUGGGGACGUCGUUUCUGUGGCUGAGGCAGAAAGGAGGCUCUUCCCUGUUUCAAAACACCAUUGCUCCCUUCUCCCCUCCGUGGCGGAGAGAGACGGCUCACCAAAUCACUGCUGCGUUUGACUGCAUCAUUCUGCCGUUCCUACAUGCUGAAUAUAUGGGGGAGUUUCAGUCUGUCCCUUAAAUUCCAGUUUCAGCUCAUUAAUCACUGACAUCUUUCAGAAGCCAUUGUUGCUACAGCUCAUGAGUUAUUCUCCCGCAGUCAAUAUCAUCACUAAAUCUUGCUUUAUUAACCUGCCCAGAGAGUCUUAUGUAGUGACUAAUGGAAGUUUUUUUCCUGAGAAAUGGACAUGAUCAGGUAAAUGGUGGUUCCCCUUAGUGUAUCAAAUGCUGCACUUAAGGAAAUGAAAAAACUAUUAAUGACAGCGAGUAAAAGAAUGGGAAAUGCGUACGGGAUACUGUUUUAGUGGGAAUGCCAGGAAUUUAUGGCUGCUGGCACCUGCUUGGUUUAAGCAGGUGGAUUCCGGGUCCAGACCCUUUGCUUAAUGCUGUAAAGAGAAGCCUUUCGCUUUGAGUUUUCUGCUUCUGAAAUUUAUGUUGGUAGUUUUGGGGCAUCAUACGUUUUCCUUGUCUGACCUCACACAUCCAUCGAUAGAUGUAGAAUCAUCAGAACCUCUGUUCGUCUGCAGAUGAAUGAACGUCACUUACCAUGUGACUGGUGCCACCCAAGGGUCCACAAUCCAUCACCACAAGGGUAACUAGGCCUUGCCACAUAAAAUUGUACAGUACUAUCAAUCUAAUGGCGCUCUGCCUUGUCAACCAAAUGCACUUUAAAUUCAUCAGUUUAGUUAAUGAUGUUCAUAUAUAAUGUAUGGUAUCAGCAAAAGUACUAUCAGGUCAACAGCAGGGAAUCUAGCAUUAUCUGCCGGUUUCAAAACCGCUGUUCCCUUUCGUCUUUAGUGGUGCCCAAAACGUCUAUCAUACAUUCUCGAUCGGUUAGUAUAUUUUGUUUAAAUUCAGUUUGCAGAAUUAAAAAUGAUCUAGGUUCCGAAAUUGGAUAAUAAACAGAAACGUGCAAUCAGUGGCAGUAGAUAAAACAACCAAAACGAGGUUACAGGUGUACGAGUUACAGCUGUACAAUUAACCAAACAGAUGAGAUGAUCAUUCACCAGGGGUGCUGUGGGAAGACAUUCCCAUUGAGAAAAGCCUUCAGUGUUGUGGUGUGCGUGGUGUUUUGGAACAGGGCUGGGAUUAUGUUGAGAGCCGGGCUGUUUGAACCCUGUGAUUAUACCCUCAGUGAGGGUGUCGCAGGAACGUGUGGCAUGAAUAUAUCGCUGAUACUUGCUAUCUGGAUGCACUUCAUUCUGCUCCCCUUUUCCUAGCACUGCCCCCCCCCCCCCCCCCCGCUAUGUCCCACAAUUUAUGACUGAACCCAAGUUCCUCUUCACAAUCUUCUGUAACAGCCAAAAACUCACAGUGACGUAUGGGAAGGAAAAUACACAUAAUUAUAGGAUUAUCAGUGAAACAUUAAUGGAUUAAUAAACCAUUCAAAAUGCAACAAUGAAAACGCAAGUAAGUAUCUAAUAGACUAUAUUAUUUCUCAGUAGAGACAUCAGAUAAUUUAUAAUUUUUUAAACAAGAAAAAUGAAUAAAUACUUAAAAUGUGUAAUCACUGUUUUAUACACACUGCCACAUUAUGCAUAUCUAGUAGCACUGGAAUAAAUCAAGUGUAAUGACUGAAAAA